AUGGACUUUAUCGAAGUAGCGGAGAGUUUUAGUGACGAGGACGAGGAAGUAUCCGAAAUUGAAGAUUAUGAAUCGGGCGAUGAAGAAAUUGAAGUUUCGAACGACGACCUUGAAGAAAUUAUUCUGGAAGACCUACCCGAAUAUUUAUCUAGAGACAAAACUAUACAAUGGUACGAACAUCCUUUCCGACAUUCACGAAGAAGUACAAACCCAUCACUACAACCCGGAAUAACACGCUACGCCGCUUCAAGGAUCUCUGAUAUUCAGUCAUCAUUCGAUCUAUUUCUACCACCGCAGUUGGAAACGAUAAUUUUGCGAAAUACGAAUCGGGAAGGACGUAGAGUCUUAGGAGCCACUUUUGAAGAUAUCGAUACGCCAACUUUGCGAGCUUACAUCGGACUUUUGAUUCUUGCAGGAGUGUACCGAUCUAACAAUGAAGCAACUGAAAGUUUGUGGGAUGCUGAAAUAGGACGUCCAAUUUUUCGAGCCGUCAUGUCGAACAAAACGUUCAAGAAGAUCUCACGAUUCAUUCGUUUUGAUGAUCGGUCCACGAGGAGUAGCCGCCGGGAAACAGACAAGUUUGCACCCAUCCGCGAGCUGUGGGACUCGUGGGUAGAUAUUUUACCAAAACUCUACAAUCCGCAAAAGAAUAUUACCAUUGACGAGCAGCUGGUUCCCUUUAGGGGCAGAUGUCCUUUCAGGCAAUAUGUGCCAAUGAAACCUGCUAAAUAUGGAAUGAAAAAUUGGGUAGCUUGCGACAGCGGUACAAGCUACGUCUGGAAUAUACAACCUUACACCGGAAGAAUAAACAAUACACCAGAAAGAAAUCAAGGAAUGCGAGUCGUUCAAGACCUGACUGCUGGAUUGAAAGGUUACAACAUUACGGUAGAUAAUUUUUUUACAUCCUAUGAACUUGCACAAAAGCUCUUGAAACGAGGGAUUACAUCAGUUGGAACAAUUCGAAAAAAUAAACCUUCGAUUCCGAGAGUUCUUUUGGAAUCAAAGAAGUGGCCUGCACAAAGUUCGAAAUUCGCAUUUACCAAAGAUACGACGUUGGUUACGUAUGUACCAAAGAAAAAUCGAAGCGUUAUUUUACAGAGCACACUACAUACUACUAAUUCUAUAAAUAAUAAGGAGAAUAAAAAACCGCUUAUCAUCGAAGAUUAUAAUGCGUCGAAAGGUGCGGUAGAUACUUUGGAUAAACUUGUCGCUUGCUACUCAACGAAAAGAAAAACUAAAAGAUGGCCAGUAGCAGUUUUUUGCAACAUUAUUGAUAUAUCGUGUUAUAAUGCAUUUAUAUUGUUUACUCAGGUAGAACCGGAUUGGAACAAAAGUAAACUCUACAGGCGGCGACUUUUUUUGGAGCAGCUCGGUCGCGCACUGGUGAAUCCAUAUAUGCAGAUGAGGAAGUCUCUUCCUAGAGCCUUAGCGUCUGCAGACAUUGUAUUGAAAAGCAGAAAUUUAACUGAUGACACCAAUAACACUACAACAACAAAAGAGGAAUCUGCCAAAAGAGGACGAUGCAAAUUUUGCCCUAAAGACAUAAAAACCUCAUUUACUUGUAACAAUUGUAAAAGAUGUGACGGGCCAGGAGAUUCAACGUCUUUUGAGCAACGGAAGGAUCCGGCAGCUCGUAAGACAAAGGAAUAUCUCACGACGAGAUUAGAACAAUUAGAAAAUCUCUGGACAACCUUUUCCGAGAGAAAUGAAGAGCUUCAAGAGUUACCGCAUUAUGUUCCAGAUUAUCCAUAUUUCGAGAAACAAUAUUUUUCUUCAAUGCAGCGACAUGAACCGAUACAAGAGCAAGUACCCCAGUGCAGUCUCACACCGGGCAAUCGGGAUGAUUCACGAGCAACAAUUGGGGAAUGCUCAGAAAAUGUGGUAGUUGAAGAGCAAUCUGAAGGGAACUUAGAUUUUCUGUCUGUCAAUGCAGUUGGAAGCAAUCGAGCCAAAUUCAAGUUCUACUCCUUGCUUACGAUACUCGAAUUAAAUAGGCUAGAUAAUAACGAUACUAUAGCUGAUGAUUUAAACGUCAGUCACACGUCGUGA